AUGCCACCCAAACGGACACCGGUGAAGAAGGUGCCUGAUUCUGCCGAGUGUGAAGACCAGCUUGGGGCGCUAGUCCACAACCGUGGAUUAGCUCAACGCAACGUGAACCGAAUCCUAACCACCCUCAAGCAGGUCGAAGAGGAUGAAAGAGAGCCAACCCCAGCCCAAGUUAAAGUGUUUCAACGGAGUGUUGAGACCGAAAAAGCCGAGUUCAUCAGGUUGCACCAGGAAAUUGUGGCCCUGUCCCCAGCCGACAAGCGCGAUGAGCAAGACGAUCCCUACCUGCAAUUCAUGCACCUGUACGAGGAGGUGUCUGUGCUGCUCGAGAGCUGGAACGAGAAGCUAACUGCGCCCCCAACCCAGCAGCAACCGCGUGUCACCACCAACCAGCAGCCGAUUGUCGUACAGUCUCAGUCUUUCGGUGCUCCAUUGCCUACUUUUGAUGGCCGUUAUGAAGCAUGGCCACGCUUCAAGGCCAUGUUCCAGGAUCUGAUGCAGCGCUCAUCAGAUUCGGACGCGGUGAAGCUAUACCACCUGGAAAACUCCUUGAAAGGAGAUGCCGUUGGUUUGAUCGAUCUGGAGACGUUGCAGGACAACGAUUACCAGCGUGCAUGGGACAUCCUGGAAGAAAGGUUUGGCAACAAGCGACUAAUCCUGGAAUCGCACAUUCUGGGCCUCCUAAACAUGAAGAAGAUGACUGAGAAGUCGUCGAAGGACCUCCGGAGGCUCAUUGAUGAAUGCACCCGCCACGUGGAGAACCUCACCAAGCUUGGUCAACCCCUUGCAGGAAUGUCGGAGCUGCUCGUGGUGACCGUACUAACUCGCGCAUUGGAUGACCAGACCCGUGAGUUGUGGGAAGCUUCGAUUGACCAGAUGGAGCUCCCGGAGUACAAGCAGACGAUCGAAUUUCUUAAGCAACGCUGUGUCAUUCUGGAGAGAUGCGAGAACAGUGCACCCAUCGUAUCCCAGAAUCCUAAGGUCUCCAACCAGAAGCCACCGGUGUCCAAGUUAGUGCCUCCCAGGUCAUCCUAUGCGGUGUUCAUGUCAUCGACGUAUGUGUGCGACUUCUGUUCUGGACAGCACCAGAAUUUCAAGUGUUCCGUGUUCCAGAAGCUGUCCAUGGAUCAGCGCCAAACCAUGGUGAAGAAGCUAAGCAUGUGCUUUAAUUGUUUGAGAAGGGGCCAUCUUAGCUUAGGGUGUGCUAACAGCAAGUCAUGUGUGAAGUGUUCGAAAAAACAUCACACGUUGCUCCAUUUCGAACGCAAAAGGAAUCCAGUAGAGCACGUUGAUGAACAGAAGCCUCCUGAAGCCAUCCCAGUGUGUACCACCCUAAUAGGCAGUUUACCAGGCAAGGGUACCCAACCAGUGCCAGUAAGGAAGUUGACGAAGAACACCGCCGAUUGUCCACGAAGGGAUAAACGGAUAGCCAGCACCGUCCAGGUUCCGGAGCAUACUUUCCAGCAGUUAAGCCAGUGUGAGGUCGUCAUCAGACUGGUUUUCGAGUGUAGUGGUCAGUGCGUCGAACGUGCUUCGUGCUUUGUUUGGCUCAUGCGCCAACAGGCAUAA